CUUCUGCACCGAAUAUGUGAUGCAGGGCGACCGUCUCAUGGAGGGGCUGAGCCAGGCGCUGGGCUUCCCGAAGGGCUCGCGUCUCCGGCCCAGGGUGGACGACGUGAUCCUGAGGCUGCGCGAGGCAGGAAUCAUCAACUACCUGUUGUACCGCGCGAUGCCCAACAGCUCCAUCUGCUUAGGCCCGAUAGACCAGGCGCCCUCCUCCAACAAGCUGCGCGCACAGACCCUUCAGGACUUCUACGGCGUCUUCUUCAUCUUUAUCGGGGGGAACUUCCUCGCCGCCGUGGCCUUCGCUGCCGAGAUGCUGACGCGACGCAGGAACAACACGACGAGCGACCAGUGACGUGUGGGGAGAGGAAAUCUGUCGUCGCUUUCAAGUCUACAGUUUUAUGUGUUAUGUAUCCUAGUUAUCUUCAGGCCAAUUUCCUUUGUGAUCAGACUCAAUAAAUCACGUCUUGGCACAGCAAUGCGGGGCUGCGUGUUUCAUUUGCCGCGUCCAGGCGAGAUUUUUAGGGAUUUAUCAAGAGGUCAGGGGUGGUUCCUCAUAUGGGUAAUAUGGGCAGCCGCCCAGGGCGGCAUUUGUGGAAAGGCGGCAUGAGCGCCCACAAAUAAAAAAAAAAUUAUAUAUAAAAAAGAUAAAAAUGUUUGACGUUUGCCAAAAUAAGCACGUUCUGACUGAGUCGCUAUGCGAUGCGCUAUGCGUGACGCGGUCAGAACAGGAACAACAGUAUGC